AUGAACUCGAUCAGGGCAACUCGUAGGGCUACUGUGGCCCUAUCUCUUUCGGCCCUUUUAGCAUCUGUUGCUGCUGAUCCUACGGUGCUUCCCGCGCCUGGGCAACCCACUAAGACAGGCACUCCAGGCACCUUUGAGAUUGUGGGCGAUAGCGGUGUCUCGGCUCAGCAACUUUUCCUCGGCACUGAUAACCGCGUCUACAUUGUUGACAAGACCGAGAAUAACCCUCCAAAGGUUGGAAGCCCCUCGCAUCCAGCGUGGGCCACCGAGUAUGACGUCGAUACGAACAAAUUCCGUGCAAUGGACAUCGUCACCAACUCUUUCUGCGCUGGAGGUGCUGUUCUAGGCAAUGGAACCUGGCUCAAUGUUGGGGGUAACCAAGCGAUCACAUGGGGAGGGCUCACUGCCUCCUCCCAAAACGGAGACACUGCUCCAUAUUACAAUGGAGACGGAGGAAAAGCGAUUCGUCUCCUCGACCCCUGUGAGGAUAAGAAAUGCGAUUGGAUCGAGACAUCAAUGAGCACCAGGCGCUGGUAUCCUACCUUGGAAACAUUGGAGGAUGGUAGCAUGAUCAUUAUUGGGGGCAACCAAUGGGGAGGUUUCGUCAACAGUGCGGGGCAGAACAACCCCACAUACGAGUUUUUCCCGUCCAAAGGCGAUCCAGUUGGACUUAACAUUCUUACGAAAACACUCCCUGCCAACCUUUUCCCCUUGACUUGGCUUUUGCCCAGUGGCAAUUUGUUCAUUCAAACCAACUGGGGAACCGAAGUGUUUGAUUACAAGUCAAACACAGAGUACGAACUUGACGACAUUCCACAUGCUGUCCGAACUUAUCCCGCGAGCGGUGCAUCUAUUAUGCUUCCUUUGACCCCAGCCAACAAUUGGACUGCUACCGUGCUUUUCUGCGGCGGCUCUGACCUGCAGCCUGACCAAUGGGUUGAAAACUGGGCUAUUGCAGCGUACCCGGCGGAUGCCACUUGUGUAAAGAUGACCCCAGACGUUGACGCGAAAUGGACUGAUGAUGACUCAUUGCCCGAAGGACGGACAAUGGGUAACAUGAUUGCACUACCGAAUGGUCAGAUCUUCAUGGUUAACGGCGCUAACCAAGGUGUAGCUGGAUAUGGAAAUGUCAGCUGGUCGAUUGGUCAAUCUUACGCCGACCAGCCUGUCUAUAAGCCCAUUAUCUAUGAUCCAAGCGCCAAAGCUGGCUCGCGCUGGUCUCGCGCUGGGCUAAGCGGAAGCACCGUCGCCCGCAUGUAUCACUCUAGCGCAACUAUCCUUCCUGACGGCUCAGUCUUUGUGACCGGUUCGAACCCCAAUGCCGAUUACAACGUUGGUAGCAACAUCAAGUACCCCACAGAGUCGGUAUCGCGUGGAACGCUUCUACCCUCAUACUAUUCUCAGCGUCGACCACAGCCGAACGGCCUUCUUAGCGAGCUUGGCUACGGAGGAAAUUACUUCAACGUGACUCUGUCCAAAGAUGACCUCUUCGGCAAUGUUUCCAUGAUCGCCACCGCCAAGGUCGUUCUUAUUCGUCCAGGGUUCUCUACACAUGCUAUGAAUAUGGGUCAACGUUACGUUGAGCUCGAGACUUCUUACACCGGCAACGAGGAUGGCAGUGGUGUUCUCCAUGUAUCGCAGCUUCCUCCCAACCCGGCUAUCCUUGUACCUGGUCCCGCUCUGGUCUUCGUCACUGUCAAUGGUGUUCCGUCCGUGGGGAUCCACAUGAUGGUUGGCUCUGGUCAGCUUGGGAAGCAAACUGUCUCUGCUGUCCAGCCUUUGCCGAGCAGCUCCAUCAUUCAACCUGAGAACUCCUCCAACGGAGGCGGAGGGUCCAACAGCAGCAACGGCAAACCUUCCAACGCUGGAGCCAAAACUUCAGUUCCUUCCAUUGCACUCGCUUCUAUGCUUUUGCUUGUGUCCGCUUUGCUCUAA